AUGCUUUCGUUACAGCUGGGUCGAAUGCCGCCCGCAUGCGUGGCUGUGGCGCCGCGGUACGCGACGCUACCGCUGCCUCCGGCCGCGUAUGCGCCGCCUGCGCCGCUCUACUACCCUGUACACGAUGCUCGGGUCCGGCGGCGGCGCUCGCCGCGCGCUGUGGGAGCGGGUGUCGCGGGCGGCGCGGGGGGCGCGGCGGGCGCGGAGCGGCGCCGGCGCGAGCGCUCGCAGCUGGCGCGGUCGCUGGAGCGCAUCCACCGCAAGCGCCGCGCCGACCGACAACACAUCUCCGACGCCGACCUCAAGCGCACCUACACCGGACUCGACAGGGCGUACGCUGAGCAGUUCAUAGCAGUAUGCGACUCGAGCCGACACGCGGCGGAGCAACACGACUCGCUCGCCACCUCCGCCACCUCCGCCACCAGCGACUCCACCAACACGCAGGGAGAACUCUCGUAGACACCGCUCCACGCUGUUAGACCGCUCUAUCAAUAGUGACGUAGCUAGGGAACCAGACGUAGAGGAGCAAAAAAAAUAUUGACUCUCCACUCUGACCAUGUUUGUGUCCCAGCGACUUUAACUGAUGCGAGGGUCCGGGCAGUAGGACAAAGGUCAAUUUAACUUAUUGGUAUGUAAGAUGCUUUGUCAGUUUUCACAAGAUAGUGAUUCAAAAAAGUCAAGUAAGUUUUGAGUUCUGUUUGAGAUUAAAUCACUUGUCAGGCACCGCCAGGCCCUCCGAUAACUACGUUUCUCAAGAAACACUACGUCCUAUAGCGGUUAUCUGGAGUCACUUGAUUCGAGACGAGCUAAUAGCUUGCAUAACCUGAAGGAUAAUUGGCAAAGACCUUUUUCGUAUCCCUGAGACGCAUGACUGCGCUCAGGAAGAGUUAUAGUCCCACGAAUAACGAAAAGGCUUCUAGUUUCAAUAUUAUUGAAGUCUAGCCGUAUCUUUUCAGAUAUGUGCUAUUCAAUUUUAAUUUAUUUACAAGCAAUAUUUAUUGAACAAAAUAAAGGCUCGAUUGUAUGUCAGUUAAGAAGUUAAAUUUAAUGAUUGUUUAUUAAAUUACAAUUAAAAUUAUUAUAAUUUUACAACUUUAGUCUCACUCAUAAAAGGUUAGUGAUGUCACAUUUAAAAUGUCCAAAAUAAUCGAUAAACGAAUUUUUUAAUUUUAUCAUUGAAUAUAAAUAAAUAUAAGAGCGAAGAAAGUUUUACAAAAUGGCGUAAACAUAACUUUUAGACAUUUUCAUAUAUACUUACUACUUCUUGGGGCAACAGCACGCACAAUACUUUUAAAUUUAAUAGAUUUUCGGAUACUUAUAGGAAUAUCCAGUUUUGAUAUUAUAAUUUAAAAAAGAGGUUACAUGAUAUCGAAAUAAUCGUUCUUGGUCAAGUUAAAGUCGCAAAAAUGUAUAAAAUUUAUAAAAAAUCGCCGAACACGGCUCAAAAGUGUGUGGGCCGUGGCCCCUAUAUAUAGGUUACUUCUGUCCGUACAGUGUAAACAUAUCAUACCAAACUAAUGUCGUAGCUUUAUGUUGUAAUUUAAUUUUGUACAUAUUUACUAACAUAUUUUUAAGAAUUUUACACGAUUCUUUCUCUUCACAUCAAAUUAUUAUAUUUGGUCAUCACUACUAGACCUAUUACGAAAGCUGUCAAAUCAAAUUUCUGGAAAAAAAUACCCGAAAAAUCCAAAACUUUAAAAUAUCCUAUAUGAUGCUAUUUAUUUUCAUUAUCGAUUCCACGCCAGAAACAAUAGUGAUGUCUCGUUCCAGAAGUUUUUAUUCGCAAUAAUUAGAUUUGACUGCAUAUUAACUACAUUAAUACCUGAAACAUUUACUAUUACAAAAAAAUUACUCGUGACUAACUAUUAUAUUACUAUAACUAACAUAUUAGUAACUAACAUUGUAAUAUCGUCAAAAAUCUGUGUUAUAUCUACGUAUCUAAGUCUUAUUUAAUGUUCUAGUUUAUAAGCUUUCUCUUAAGUUAUCGAAGGUGCUUGAACUUAGUCAUUGUUUACUGUUAUAUGACGUCAUUUCAUUGUAUUUUACCAUCCUUUAAGACAUUACUUAAUAUAUUUUUUCGGUUAUUCCACAAAAUUACAUUAUUUUCGGCUCGAUUAAUAGUAAUAUCGAAAUGUAAAUUUUAUCGAUUUCCGUAAGUACUUAAAAUAAAUAAUAUCGAUUCUUUUGCCUAGUGUAUCACAUCACUAUUCCACAAGUAUUAUACUAUUUGUUUAUUAGCCAUUGAUCCAAGGACCGCCAGAUCGGUCAGAGCAUUUUAAAAUUACCUUCACCGAAAAAAGUAGAAUGUAAAAAUCUACUCCUAAAGUCUGAACCUAAGAUCUAAACACGUUGUUUUAUCCCAGACUAGACCUCUUUCCUUACCACUAUCUUUAGUACUUAAAUAUAAAUACUAUAAUCAUGCUGGAAAGAGCCAAGAUCAAAGACUUAUAAACCAGAAUAAAAAUCAACUUGUCAAAACCAUAGACUACGAACCUAUCGAUAUGAAAAAGAAUCGAUAUAAUUUACCAUCGUUUAUUCUAAACUUAGUGCAUAAUAUUUGUAUAUACGAAGUCCUAUGUACCUAAACGGAGCCAAAUUAUUGCGAGGCGGCACGAUUGGUCUGUAAAUAUUCGCGGAAAUUGCUUAAUUCGAUUCUAUGUAAGAUUUAUCGUAGAUUAAGUUAUCGUGAAGGCAUUCUAAAACUAGAAAUACAACUAAAAUCUUGACCUUGCUCCUUGUUUAUGGAUUUAAGAUUUUCAGUUCAAAAAUCAUACAUUUGUAUAAUGGGAAAGCGACUAUCGUACGUAAGGUGUAAAACCCGACUUAUUGACACAUGUUAGUGUCGCAUUGCAGGAUCAGUCUGUACAUUUCAAAUAAGCCGGCAUAAUUGUUACAACUGGCGAGUAAUAAUCAUCUUGUCGAAAAUGCUCUAUGUAGAGAAGGGUCCAGACUCCAUUAUUCUUGCUAGGUAUAGCAUAUAAAACAUAAUAAUUAUUCAUUAAUUCGAGGUUUGAUAUUUAAGAAGGUCGUAUUGAUCAUUGUUUUUUAAUUAUUUCUCUCUUAUUAUAUAGGUAAUGGUGCUAACUGCAAACAAUAUUGAUAAUGUCAGAUCAAAUUGUUAAAUGCCUUCAUGAUAUUUAUUUUAAUUGUAUACAACUUAGUUUAACUUUUAAUAUAAUAAAAACUGGUUAUGAUUCAAUAUAUUUAAUACUUUACUUUGUAGAAACUGGUAAACAAUGCAAUAUCUAUAAUCAUAGACAAUAUUGUUUUUAAUAUAUUUUUUUAAGUUUUGAAGUCUUGUUACCAAUAAAUUUGUGCUAAGUUAUGUAUGAGGCGACGAUAAGUAGGGAAGGCGGGGUAAUAGGGACCGUGGAAAAUAAUUUUCUAUAUUUGGAACUUAUUUCUUAAUAAUUAGGCUAAAAAGACUCCAUUAUAAAGACUAACAUUUAAACUAAGUUAUUUGUAAAUAAAGUAUUUAAUCUUAGUUCUGUAUCGAUGUAUAAAUGUUAAUAUUUUUGUACUGUAGGGGACGUUUGCAGGAGCUUGUGACGUCACUAGUGGCGGUUAGGGACCGUUUUGAACGAAUCGCUUGUAAAUGUACAGAGAAAUAAAUAUUUUUUUUAUAA